GGUUAGCAAGCCUGGAUACUUGUCGUUAGACCAUUACCCCUGCCUUUCGAAUAAUUUGUUCAACAUGGCCGCUGCAAUCAAGGCGAUCAAUGCUAAGAUCCGUUCCAACAAGGUUCUGGAUUAUGUCUGCUCAACACACUUCUGGGGCCCUGCCUCGAACUUUGGUAUCCCCAUUGCAGCUGUGAUGGACACUCAAAAGGACCCUGAAAUUAUCUCCGGACAGAUGACCGCUGCGCUCACAGUCUACUCCGCAACCUUCAUGCGUUACUCCCUCGCUGUCUCUCCCAAGAACUACCUCCUCUUCGCCUGCCAUUUCAUCAACUGCUCCGCUCAGAUGACUCAAGGAUACCGGUACCUGAACUACUGGAACUGGGGAGGCCGGGAAGCCAAGCUCGCAGAGGCCGCCAAGCAGGGCAAGGAAGCCACCGAAGCCGGCGCAUAAACGAUGUGAUUCCCCCGUUUUAAUCGCGUGUUUCUUGGUUGCUCCCGGGUGGAUGCCGUCCCUAUAUAAUCUCCCUCUUUCUCAGCAGUAUUUAGACCUACUCCAGACGAAUGCAAAAAUGGAAAUUUCGAGUGUCGACUCGUUCGAGGAUUACCCGACGGCUUCUAUCCAGCAGAGAAUAAGUUUGUAACCCUGAUCGACUGUGCUACAUGGAUGAGAUGGUCGGGUACUCCUGGAGGCUGUACAUAGUCUUUCUUGCAGAAAAUGAAUGCUUUGCACUGCCACUUCUUGGCUGUUUUGAU